GGAAGUGGAGAGGCAGCUGUCCACUCAGGUCCACUCACUCCGCGAUGACUUCCGGGAGAAGAACGCCGCUAGCAGCCAGCAUGCGUCACGCCUGGAGAGCCUGCAGGCCGAGAUAAAGAUGCUGUCAGAGCGCAAGCGCGAGUUGGAGCGGCACGUGGAAACAGCUCUCGAGGAGAACGUGCUGCUACACUCCACGAUAGACAAGCUGCGCGAGCACACCCUCGAGCUGGAGAGUCAGUGUCGCGAGAAGGACCUACAGCUGAGGCAGAGCCAGGAGGAGCUGCAGGAGGUGAGGCUGUCGCACCGGCAGCUGAGCGAGCGCCUGGAGGAGAUCAGUGAGGAGCGCAGCCUACAGGGCCUGAGUGUGCACACCCCCAGCCUGCUGUGCGAGAUCGAGCAGAGCAUGGAGCAGGAGGAGCUGGAGCAGGAGAGGGAGCAGCUGCGGCUGCAGAUGUGGGAGGCCUACUGCCAGGUACGGUCCCUCUGCUCUCACCUGCGAGGCAACGACGUCACCGACUCUGCACUUUCCACCGACUCCUCCAUGGACGAGUCGUCUGAAACAUCCUCCGCCAAGGAUGUGCCAACGGGCAGCCUGCACGCUAGCCUGCUGGAGCUGCGCAGGCUCACGCAGAACCUGCUGGAUGGCAACGAGUCCACGGGCUCGCGGCGCAGUGACGAAGAGGCGCUCGAGGAUCAAAUACGGAAGCUGAGCGAGGAGCUGCGGACUCUCAGGGAACAGUGUGAGGGCGAGCAGGAGAAGGUCCGAGUUAGCCAGGAGGAGGCGCUGCAUCUCCACAACCAGGUGGCGCUGCUGUCGCUGGAGCUAUGCACCGUGCGCGAGGAAACCGAGCACUUGAGAACAGUGGCGGAGGUGCGGGAGCCCAGCGAGCAGCUGCAGAGCGCCAUCCGGGACCGCGAUGAAGCAAUUGCCAAGAAGAAGGCGGUGGAGAUGGAACUAGCCAAGUGCAAGAUUGACAUCAUGUCCCUGAACAGCCAGCUGCUGGAUGCCAUCCAGCAGAAGCUCAACCUGUCACAGCAACUUGAGGCCUGGCAGGAUGACAUGCACCGGGUGAUCGACCAGCAGUUGAUGGACCAGCACCGGCAGGAGGGCAGGGCGUCGUCACACUCCCUAUCCGAUUCACCGGCCAGGCGGGACGCCCCCUGCAGGAGGCCUCCGCGCCUAGCCAAUGGGGACAGGAAGUUGUUCUCCUUCUUCAAGAAGAAUUGACAGGCGGGGGUGGGGAAAGAAAUCAACCAAAGUGACAUGGGCUUCAUAAGAGAGGAAGUCAGGGAGGCAGGCCAGGGGUGGCCAAGAGCGGCAGCCCAGCGGCCUUUAAAUACAUUUUAAUAAGCACUUAAUUCACCUGAAACACAAGGUCAGGUGACCUGCUAUCCAUAUCAUUACAUAAAUAAACUGAAAGGGGGGGGCUGAGCACCCUUCAGCUGGUGAGAAGAGCUGGCCACCCCUGGACCAGGCGAUGUGUAGAACAAAGCCAGGAGGCAGACAGCAAUCUGAGAGUGAGAAGUGAGAAGUGGACAGGCUGACAGGCUGUCACCAUCAUUUAGCACUUUAUCUUUCUCCCCAUCAUGCACUGGGGGGGUGGGGUUGCGAUUGGUGCCCCAGCACGACAAGGCCCUCUAAUGGCCAGACCUGUGCUCCUCAGCCAGCAGUGACUAAUUUCUCCAGAACUAUCUCUCUAUUUAAACUUCUGCCUGCACCUCCAGCCAGGAGGGCAGAGGAUGGCAAAUUUUCCUUUUAUUUCCACAAGGGUUGCUGCCAGGUUCAACCACCUUCUCAGGAUCAUUUAAAUAUUAGGGGGGGAGCACAGCCUCUGUGAUACUGUUAGCUGAGGACCAGCACUGAAAAGCUGAUGUGUGCUGUCUCCAAGAACCUCCCAGGGAGCCCGUCACAUGACAGGAAGUGCAUCACAAAAUUUCUGACAGGUCCCGGCUUCAGUGUUUGGACAGGAAAGAGAACUGCAAUGACCAGCUGGGCUAAGCCCGGCCCGGCCCCUAAAUGGUCCAGGGAGACUGUGAAAAUGCUCGGACUGGGACAAUUUCCAGGAGUAUCUUGUCACGUGUGUCCCUGAAAAACAUGGACUGCAGACACAGUCAGGGACAGAGCACAGCAAAAUGAGACUGGCAAUCCUCUUAAAACAGGUUUUGUUUAAAUUAGAGUGCAAUUGCAUUUUUUGUUUCUAUAAAAGCUAUAGCAUAUCCUUGAUUACAAAUCAGGUUCAGAUACAGCAUGUAAGGAUUAUCAGAUAGCAUAUUUAUAUUCCAUAUAGAUAUGUGUACAGCUUUCCCCUGGUAAUGAGGCAUACAGGUAACCUCAUGUUUGGGAGGAACACGAAGUGUGGUUGAAACUGGCAGCAGGGGAGACAGGGGCCACGUGUUGGGGGGGUCAACCAUGAAUUCCUGCCAGUAUGAGAGUAGCUUGCAGCUAACAAGGGAAAUAUAGACAGUCUUAAUUUGAACUGGCUAAACUGCUACUGUUACGUUACACGGGAGUUAGCUGGCUAAACUGCUACUGUUACGUUACACGGGAGUUAGCUGGCUGUACUGCUACCGUUACGUUACACGGGAGUUAGCUGGCUGUACUGCUACCGUUACGUUACACGGGAGUUAGCUGGCUGAGCCUCUAUCGUUAUUUUACACAGGAGUAAAAAAUAACGAGAGAAGCUCAUUAGUCACUCAGGGCAGGACAUUUUUUACAGAUACUGAAUGUUAAGGAAAUGCUUGUGUGUUUAUAUACACAUAUAAGCACGCUCGGGUAUUUAUGAUAAAGUGCUAAAUGAUUUGUGGCUCAUCUUUUGAUAGCAGCGGCUGCAUCAGGUUAACAUGUAGCCAGGAGUUUUCCUGUUGGCGUCGCUUGCAUGCUGUGUUUUUGGGCUCACGAAACAUGUUUUCUCAUAGCUUCUCAUUGACUCGCUUCUAAACCUGUGGACAUGGCAGUUAUACGCUGAUUGGGGGUUAGGGGGCACUCAAUGCCUUCGCUGUUUGCUUCCGUUUAAGAGUUACCUGCCAAAUGGGAGGCCUGUCAUGCUUUAGUGUGAGAUGUUCAGCAGGCUGCUGAUGGGAGGCUCUGGUUAUACCUGAACACAGCUAUGCACAAACGAGGCAGGUGUUGGUGAGGAUGAACCCAAAGAAUGAUUUUUAUUUUUUUUUUUUAAACAAAAAAACUGUUUGGGGAGAAGUAUAUUUAUAUAUCUAUAACUUUUGAAUGAAAAGUUAAUUUUUUUAGAAAGAUGUACAUAUUUGUUUGUUGCUGUCUUUUUGUUUUUACAAGUAACUGUUUACAGGACGUACAAUUCCUGGGGGGGGCAUCUGGCUGAGUGGGGAGGGUGCUUCUGAAUUUAGACAUGCAGGGCUCUGGAUUCCAGCAUACGACUGCAAGGUGACCCUGCCCAAACGGAGACGCCAUUCAGAGGCACAUAUAGAUCAAGGAUGAGCUGCCCCAUUGUUCCAUUCACUGAAGCUUUCCCAAGCUUCAGCUGUACGAAUGGCGGUUAAAUGAAGCUGCAUAUAGGAUUCGGCUGCCAUUAUCUGACCGGACUGCUGUUACUUUGUGAUGAUUCUUGUGCAGCCCAUUUGCUGUAUUGGCAUUAUCUGGGUGGAACAGCACAAGAGCACCUCCUGCUGAUGUAGGGGUCAUAGUGAACAGAAGUCCCCAUAGCAGCAGAAUGUAGUAGUAGCAUUAUUCCAGCCAAGUUUAAAUGGACAGAGUGCCCCCCAGUGGCUGAUCAGAGGUACAUACACUCAGUGGCCACUUCAUUAGGUAUAUCUGCUCAGUCACUCAAACGGUCGAUCCUGUGGCUGCAGCUGAACACAUACAGCAGACACACAGGGUCAGGAGCUCCAGUUAGCCAAGCAUUUGAACAGCUAUGGCUUGCUCUGACAUUUUUGCACACUACGGUGUCUACGGUUUACAAAGUCCAGAGUCGUGAACAAAAGCAUUCUGUACAUGCAACUUCUAAGGCUGAAAGGACCUUGUUAAUCAGAGAAACUGAACAGGAAGGCUACAAGUGCAAAAAUAACCACACAUUACAACAGGACUGUGCAGGAGUGUAGGGGGUCCUACUUUAUAAUACGUAGGGUUAAAUAAAGUGCCCACUGAGUGUAGGUGUCAUGCCUUGCUUCAUGUCGCUAACUUCCUGGCUUUAAAUGACCUAUGAAAAGGCAGAGAGGACACUCACAGAGCUGGCCUGCUUGAUGGCUACAGUGGGUCUGAGAUGUUGAGGUUGGAGCCCACCAACUCGGCUUCAGACUCCCUCCAGGAAAGCUGUAGGCCAGAACAGGGGAAGAUCAGCAGUAUUUAACCCCAUGAAGAAAAAAACCUCAACUGUACCUGUUUACACUGUAGAAUGACAGCCUGUUUUACGGUUUACAGAUUUGUGUCUUUAUUGGUCACGUUCCAUAGGUCAGUCUGCCUCCCUUUCCCUUCAUUGAGGAGACAUUGUGUCUUUUUUGUGUAGUCCUACACAAGCUCAGCUCAGGUGUUAGUGAGCUUCGGUAAUCAUUCGUUUAAACCUCGUGUAGGAUUUUCCCCAUUGUGACCAAUGUAUUUUACAUCCACUCAGCUUCCAGAGAGAAAAGCCUGCAUGCAGACAAACAGUGGUUACGGCAGGUCCUGCCUGGCAGCAAGAAUCAGGCGAACCAGAGGGGCAGGGUCCCAGCACCCCACUGUAGCCAAGUUGAGGGCCAACAGGCAGUGCACUGCUCUGCAUGUACCUUGUUGCUGAAAAAAGGUUGAGCACUGCAAGACAAAAAAAUCCAGGAGCAGGCCACAUGUAAGCCGAGAUUCAUCCUUACUUCUUUAAUAGUUCAACAGAAAAUCGUUCUUAACUCUACACAUUUCAUGAAGAAAUCAGUUAGGUCAUGACUGAAUCUAAAGGUGUUUUGCAGUAGUCUCAAAUCUGAAGGGUACAAAGCUAAGAUGGUUAAGGCUGUUAACCUCCUCAGAUGACAUUCAUGCUGCUGUGAGAGCCGUAGAACUGACGGCUACGUCGUCAGCUGCCGAUUCGCAUCCUGGAUAAACUCUAUCCUGUGUUUGUAUCUGCAUGAAAGCAAAGGAUACACACAAUAUGAAACGGCUGAGAUGGGACCUAAGGCCUCCAGGAGUCCCUCAGGCCUCGGCAGACAAGCUCAACGGCGCCCCACAGAGGUUCCUCAGGGCAGGCCUGCCAGCCCAAGUCUGGCUUUCAUGCCAUUCUGAGGUUCCCGGUCGCAUUAAGUGACAGGCGGCAAGGAGUUAUAAUUUUGUACACAUUUUGUAUGUUUGUAUGUAGGAUGUGCAUUAAACAUACUAAAGACUUAUGCACAAGUGAAAAAUAUGAAUUGUACUGUACAUAUAACAUUCUAGUUUUUUAUGAUUAAGGGGCACUUUCAUAAUGAUUUCCCAUUUGUAUAUAAAAGGAAAUAAAGAGAAAACCAUGUUUAUGGUUUUAUACAAUA